AUGAAAGACGUAGCAAACAAGGAAUUGUUGAAUGUUGGUGAUGCAGAGAUGAAGGGCGAGAAUGACGCGGAGAGCGAGAGUGUUGUUGGGAGAGGAGAGGUGAUGAUUGAAAGUAGUGCUGUGAGUAGCGGAGUGGGCGAUAUAAACGGCGAUGGGGUGAGCGCACUUAUAGAAAAUGACGGAGUAAUGAAUGAAGGUGUGACGAGUGAAAAGAUAACGAGUGGUAAAGACAUGGACCGAAACAUGGCAAGUGAUCGGAAUGAAAACGUGGCAAGCACGAACGGUAGCGCAGGUAAAAACGAAUCAUUUGCUGAUGAAACGGUGUUUGCAGCACCUGAAAAUGAGCAUUGUGCACAGAAACACACACUCAACAGCAAUUUUGAUCUGCCAUGGGAUACGAGCAGAUAUUUGGACAUGACCAAGCGAAAGGAGUACCUUGAUCUGUACGAGCAGUCAAUACGUGACAGCAUUUUCUUCCUUAAGGAAGCAAAGAAACGGUUAUCAUGGUCCAAAGAGCCUACGCAUUGCACAAACGGUGAUUUAAAGGCCCUCGAGUAUUUCAAUGACGGUGAGAUAAAUGCGUGUUACAAUGCGGUGGACAGGCACCCGCCCGGCAAGACCGCUCUGAUAUACGACAAUGAUGAUGGCACGUCUGUACGGUAUACGUAUGGACAGUGCAGGGCACGAAUAUGCGAAGUAGCAGGCGCACUUCUUGAAAUGGGCAUACGCAAGGGUGACGUGGUGUGUGUGUACAUGCCUAUGAUCGAUGAUACGGUGUUUGUUGCUCUGGCAUGUGCACGUAUCGGUGCGGUGCACAACGUGGUGUUUGGCGGGUACUCUAAGGAGAGCGUGGUUGUGAGGAUCAAGGACUCGGGUGCUAGGGUGCUUGUGAGUGUGAUGGAGGGACGGAGAGGAACACAGCGAUUGAACUUCUAUAAAAUUGUAGAAGAGAUAGUGGCAGAGGGUAGCGUGGGCAUGGCACUGAUCGUAGACAAGGAGGGGAGCAUCAACGAGGAGGAUCACGAUAGCAAAAGUAGCACCACCACCGAUAGCGCACCACAGGUGGGGAACAAUCCUAAAAUUGAAAUUCUUUCCAAAAUCAGCAAAAACACGGACGUACCGUGCACACCCGUGCCAUCCGAACAUCCUCUGUUCAUUUUGUACACCUCAGGUAGCACAGGCAAACCAAAGGGCAUAAUUCACUCAACAGCCGGCUACCUGCUGUAUGCUCAUCUCACCACCCAGCAUUGUUUCAGCACCGACAAGAGCAGCGUUUUCUGUUGUACCGCUGAUUUGGGGUGGAUCACCGGUCACUCAUACGUUCUUUAUGGACCGAUGUGUGUGGGCAUGGUGAGCGUUAUUGUUGGUGGGCUGCCCACGUAUCCGGAUGUUUACAGGGUGUGGCGGAUUAUAGAACGGUACGGUGUUACUCAUUUUUACACUGCUCCUACGUUGCUGCGGUUGUUAAGGAAAUUGGUGAGCGAAGAGGAAAGGAAUGGCACUGUUGGUGAGGUUGGGACUGUUGGUGAGGUCAACACUGUUGGUGAGGUCAACACUGGCACCGAUAUUACCGGUAAUGAUGUGAAUGGUGGUGCCAAUCCCGACACAUUGAACAGGCACUCAACAGCUUAUGUCGUGCCAUCCCUCAGGAACUACAAAAAGACAGGCACGCACAGAACAGCGGAGUACGAUCUGUCAUCACUGCAGAUUCUGGGAGUGUCGGUGAGCCGAUCAACAAGGAAACAUACGUUUGGUACAGCCAGACCUUCAACCGUAGGCCCAUGA